GCCUGUCUGUCGGAGGCGGUGAUCGCGCAGCGGUCCGAGUGGUGCCAUGUCGUUCUGCAGCUUCUUCGGGGGCGAGGCGUUCCAGAACCACUUUGAGCCGGGUAUCUACGUGUGUGCCAAGUGUGGCUACGAGCUCUUCUCCAGCCGCUCGAAGUACGCACACUCGUCGCCAUGGCCAGCAUUCACCGAGACCAUCCACGCUGAUAGUGUGGCCAAGCGUCCAGAGUACAACCGACCUGAAGCCCUAAAGGUGUCCUGUGGCAGGUGUGGCAAUGGGUUGGGCCACGAGUUCCUGAAUGAUGGCCCCAAGCGGGGACAGUCCCGAUUCUGAAUAUUCAGCAGCUCGCUGAAGUUCAUCCCUAAAGGCAAAGAAACUUCUGCCUCCCAGGGACACUAGGCGGCAGCCCACACUCCAGAUGGACCUGACACCAUGGCCACGUUCUGGCCAUCCUACCUUGGAACUGGAACCCCAGACAUUCAGACAGGGAAGCCGGGGGUGGCGGGGGGUGGCUGAAACCUCAGGGAGGCUCCCCCGCCUUGGCUCCGAACAGGGUCUCCUUCGCUGGUAGCUCACACCCCCUGCCAGGACCGGCCAGCUGCCUCGGCCUCCCGCUCGGUCAAGCAGUCUCCAAGGAGGUGGGCUCUGGGUGCAGCUCAUCUUUGAGUGACGUCACACCUUCGCCUUCUCUUCUCGGCCCACUGCUUGCUCCCUGUCUGUCUGGACUCACCCCGUGGGGUCCAGCUCCAAAGCCCUGGUCCUCACCAAAGCUUAUACCCACAUCCCCUGGCUGUGCUAGGUGACAGAUGCAACAGAAGCUGCCCUGGCCAGCUGCUCCAGCCCUGGUCACUUCAUGAUCCCCUCUGGCUAAACCCUUUCAGGCCAGCCAGAGUGGUGAUGUCCAUGACCUGCUGGGGGAGCAGGCCGGUGGGACACACCCUUGGUCUCUCAUCUGUGAAGGGAGAAGCCUAAACGCCAUUUCACAAUCUGUGCGGAUGUAGUUUGCCUCACUCGGGCUUAGGAAAGUGGCUGUUGCUCCAUGCUGUAACCAGCACAGUGCUGGGGCCCUGGAGUUUACACCCUGCAGAGACGUCCGUUCCCGAGAUACGGGACCGUGCCUUACUGUACAUGCUCAGCGCUCUUGCCAUGUGGGAGGUGGGCGAUGCUGACAUCCCCCCACCCAUCUUAAAUAUUUUCUGGAGUAAUCCGGUGGAAAUCAAUAAACAAAUGAA